AUGGACUGGGUCUUUUGGUUGCGCAUCCUAUGCAUAAAGCAAUUACAAAUAACAUUACCGAUCAACCGUGAGGUUGCUUUGCAACUAGAUGAUAUGUCUCAUAAAAGUAUAAUGUUUAGUAUGAGCUGGUUUGCGGAUGAUCGCUUCUUAUACAUAGCGAGGUUGACUCGAAAACAUCCCAACCCGUUAAGCCCACUUACAAAGAAAAAACACAACAUAAACCGAUUAACCGUGAAAUCGGUUACUUCAAAUUUUCCUGCUUUUGGUCUUCGACGCCUAUAUGAAAUUGCAAUUCGACAGAUCACAUAA